UUUUUGACUGACACUACUGACAGACCGACAUUCUUAUCGAUUUUAAUAGUUGGUAAAUUAUGUUAAAUGGAAAAUAAAUAAUAACAGGGAAGAAGAUAACUAGAACAAUUUACAAACAAAAAGCUGAUAGCUCUGCUGAUAGUACGUAACAAACAUAAUUGUUACAUAUACGUAUACAUAAUGCAAAUGAAAUAAGAAAAGUAGUAGUAAUUGUAGGCUAAGAAGUGUAAAGAUACUUUUUAUUAAUUAGAUUUUUGCAAAUAAUAGAGUUCAUUUGAAAGCUGCUGAUUUUAAUCAAAAAUAAAAAAAGUCAAUAAGUUUUAGAUUUAAGUAUUAGGUACUAUGAGUGGGAGUGGUAAUACUCAAAACAGUAAUGCUCCAUUUCAAAGAAGUCAGUCCGCUGAUUUUACAUUUCCGCAACCUAGACACGGUUUAUUAAUGUCACAUUCAAGUGGCACCUUACCAAUGAUGUCUUCGCCAAUUAGCUUCCAAAGAAGAACAAUUGAAGGGGCACAUAAUUUUAGGGACAGUUUCAACAAUGCUUUACGUCAAAUUGAACAACAGGUGGAAACUGCUCGACUAAGUGUAAGAAAUAAUGCUUUAAAUCUAAGUGAGUUGUUAUCAAGAUCUUCUCAGUCUGAGGACAAUGUCAAUAACUCGAACGCCAAUCAAGAACUUCCUCAGCAACCCACCUUAAGUUACAUCACUAUAAAUCUGGAAGGUGUUGGUAAUGAAGGAAACAUUCAAGGAAAUACCAGUAAUAAUAAUCAAGGAGAUCAGCAUCAACCAAAUGAAAAUGUAGUCAAUGUGUUUGUUAAUAAUGUGCCCCAGCAUAAUGUCGACUUACCUGAAAAUCCCACAGAGAGGGUGAAUUUUAAUCCCGUCGAAGCACAACAGGCAUUACAAGUUAUACUGAAGUAUGUUCCUUUCAUCCUGAUACUUCUUGCCAAAGCUGUCUAUGAUUUUCACGAAGGCAUAUUUAUUCUUAUCAUACUGUUUGGUACUUUUUCCCAUGCUAACACAACAGUUAAACAUGAGGCACUAAAAAGGGCUCGGCGCAGUAUUUGGACUUUGGCCAUUGAACUAUGCUACAUAUUUGUUUGUAUUAUUUCCAUUCAUUACCUAUUUGCAGAUGAUUUACACAAUUUUAAUAUUGUUUUAAAUUUGGUUUUGAUUAGAACUUUCAAUCAUCCACUUACAGUACUGAAUUUAUUAUGGAUUGUCACUAUAACAGACUUCACCCUAAAACUUUUCACAGUAAUGAUAAAGAUUAUGCUUACCAUGAUGCCAGGAAAAGUUGUUGAGUUUAAAAAACGGGGGAAAAUAUAUUUAUUUAUUGAAGCCGUUUCCCAACUGUAUAGAAGUAUUGCAACAAUUCAGCCUUGGCUGUACUACCUACUGGAAUCCUAUCAAGGACCAGAGAAAAUUGUUGCAGUUUUUCUCUCUGCCUUUUACAUGAUUUCUAAAGGAUCAGACUUGAUGUUUAAAGUGAAACUUCUGAAAACUGCAUUUUUCAAAUUACUUCAGUCAGUGUCCCUGGGAACCUCGCCAAGCAAAGAGCAAAUCCAAACAGCCGGUGACCAUUGCCCGAUCUGCCACGACAUCUACGACACUCCAGUAUUGCUACAGUGUCGCCAUAUUUUCUGCGAAAGCUGCGUGUCCACUUGGUUCGACAGGGAACAAACCUGUCCACUGUGCCGAGCAAGAAUAGUGGACGAUCCAUCUUGGAGAGACGGAUCGACGUCAUACUUUAUUCAAUUAUUUUAAAAAGGGCAGUUCUGUGCAACUGUUUGUUUAGGUUCUAUUUUAAACUGAUUUCUAGACAGAAUUUAGUUAGAGAGAGAAUUUUGUUACAUCAAAUUUAAAAGCAGUACAACUGCUAUGGUCAAAUCUAAAUAAUUUAGUACACAUACAUAAUACAACUCACACAUUAUUGUUUAAAUUACAGAAUCAAAGGGUUAUUAUAGGGUUGUAUGUUAUUUAUAUGCAGGGGUGGAUGAGGAAGUGGAAACCGGCCUGGGAAAAACAGGCCUAACCGGCCCAAAUCCACAAAAACAAAAUGACCGUAACAAAGAAACAUAUUUUAUUUAUUAAUAUACAAGUAAGGGUGUUUUUUUAAAAAAAGCUCUUUUGCCUCCGGUUUAAAAAAAAAUUAAAUUGUCUUCAUCAAAAUUUUCGUAAAGACCAAUAUUGGGUCGGAGAUCUGAAUUUUUACUACAAAAUGGCUCAGUUUUACAGGGUUCUACUGCUUUAGUUCGAUUAUCGAUAACGCUAAUUUGAUCUUGAAUAGGCUACGAUUUUGAGAAACUUUAAGACUUCUUGAUUCAUUCAGUUCAGCUGACCCAAUCCUCUGUGAAAUACAUUACUUUUAGCUUUUCGGGUAUAUACUU